UUGGAUUCUAACAGUACUGCGGAAGAGCCUUACUCGUGCGAGUCGUUUCGAGAUACUUCACGAUGAGAAUAAUUGCUAUUUCAUUUAUCAUUUCUUUUCAUAUUUACGGAGUAUUUUCCUUGCGUGACAACCAAGUGCCAGUUUACUACAGCAAAAACAGCAACAGCUCCGUCGAAUUGCACGAAAGCAGAACAGGAAAAUUUUUACCGUUUUACACUGUGGUGAGGUUUAAGAACAACGAGUGCACCGCCACAAAUGGCUUAGUGGGCACCUGCUAUCUGAGGUCCGAGUGCCGCACCAAACAAGGCGUAGCAUUUGGCUCCUGCUCUCGAGGCUUGGGAGUUUGCUGUGUUGUGACACGAAACUGUGGCGGACUGCCUACCUCCAGCAACAACACUUAUUUCAGAAGCCCUGGCUACCCUGACUAUUACAACGGAAGCUCAACAACGUGCACAAUAUCCAUCGCCAAAAAUAGGGACUCAGCUACGCAUGUGCGCCUGACAUUCACGGAUUUUUCGCUAGCACAGCCUAAUCCGACAACCGGCCAGUGUCAAAUUGAUCGAAUGAACGUUUUGGGAAGCGAAAUUAUUCCACCCGUAAUAUGCGGCGAAAAUACCGGGCAACACAUGUAUCUGCGAUUCACGCCAGAUAAUUCGGCGAUGCAGAUUAUCAUUUUGGCCAACUCCAGCACCACAUUUAGACGCAGAUGGAGCAUUCUGGUCACACAGCACGAGCAGAACGAGUCACCGCCUCCAGGGUGUCUGAUGUAUUUUACUGAGAACUCUGGCCAGGUUAAGAGUUUCAACUACAAUUUAAACCCUCCACUUGAUAGCACAAGAAAACUCGCAAAUCAAGCCUAUUCUGCUUGCGUAAGAACGAAUGCCGGCUACUGUGCCAUUGAGUGGUCAAUAUCCGGCAGCGACCCGUUUCAUAUGAGUGGAAAUGCAGCGAAUCCUGUGAUUGCUUUGUCAGGGAAUGAUUGCUCGUCUGAUUAUAUCAUAAUCCCUAAUGCGUUUAUCCCAACUAAUCCCCCUGCUAGUCAAUCUCGAGAUAGAUUUUGUGGAACAGCCUUCCCAACUGCACGCUCAUCGACCACGCCGUUUACGCUCAGAAUGAUUACAGACGGUGAUGAACUUGCCAAUAGAAACCUUGGAUUUAGUUUGAACUAUCUACAAUUACUUUGUCAGUAAAAUAAUCUGAAAUCGGUGGAGGACUUGGUGAAGGGAGGGAACAAAGAUUAUUGAUCUUGUAAAAAUAAAUUAUUUUAAUUAAAAUGCAAAUACAUCUAAAACAGCAGCACUGAAUAAAAUGAACCAAUAACGAACAACAGACAGUCACCAGUAACAGAACACAGCUUUCAAAAUUAUUGAGCAUAAUUGCAACCAAGCCAGUGUUCAAAGGAGGAACUUGAAAACCUGCAUUAGUGAAAUGUAAAAACCCCUGGCAGAUAUUUUCAAAAUACUGCAAUUCAGAGUUAAAACUGACCAAAAAACGUCUUGGAAUGAGCUAUUGCAUUUGAAUCAAACUCCUGUUUGAUUAUAAUAAAUCUCAUGAAUUAUAGGGAUGUGCAAAAAUAAUUUAUUGCAUUUAAUUAAAAAAAGAAGCCAUCGUGGCACCUGUCGCAAAGCGGGGGGAAAUCGUAAAAUGUAACGAUUUUCUAAGAUUUCUAGCUGAAAAUCCUCAUCGAUUUACUAGUUUUCCAGAGAGAGCAAUUUUCAUAAUUCGAUAGAAGGUAAUAUGCUUAAAAACCCACGAUUUGAGUUUAUUUGAUAACCCAAAAGGUAGAUUUGCACAUCCCUGAUCAUGUAAAAUGAUUUUUAAGUCAUAUUAUGAAGAAUAUCAACUUGAGUAUUUUUAAAUUGAAUAAACUGCUAUGUAGAAUAAUUUAAUGUGAAUUUGGUCUGCAAGAAUA